CAUGAAAAAGAAGAAAUGGAAAGACUUGAAAGACAACGGAUUGAGAGAGAAAAAUGGCAUCAACUUGAAGCAAAAGAUCUAGAAAGGAGGAAUGAAGAACUUGAAGAACUUUAUUUAUUAGAGGAGUGUUUUCCUGAAGCAGAGAAGUUGAAACGAGAUACUAGAUUGCUUUCUCAGUGGAAUCACUACAUUCAAUGUGAUGGAAGUCCUGAUCCUUCAGUAUCCCCAGAAAUUAAUACUUUCAUUAGUCUGUGGAAAGAGGAAACAAAUGAGACUUUAGAGGAAGUGAUCGCGAAGAGUAAAUUAGUGCUAAAUUUAAUUGAGAAGUUGAGAUUACUUUUAUUGCAAACGCCAUCAUAUGAUUUGGAAGAUAAAACUGUAAUACAAUACCGAGGAUCAAUUCUAGAGCUUCAGGAGCUCCUCCAUCUUAAGUUCAAUGUAGCCACAGAACGACUUCUCAGACAAGCUAGUACAUUAGCAGAUCUGGACAGUGGAAAUAUGGAAAAAGUCAUUCAAGAUGAAAAUGUUACUCUAUAUGUGUGGGCAAACCUCAAGAAGAAUCCAAGGUACAGAAGUGUCAGAUUCUCUGAAACACAAAUUAGAUUUGAAAUUCCAAGGAUUUUAGCAACAAGUGGCAUUGCUAUACGACUCCUGCAUACUCACUAUGACCAUGCCACACCACUGCGCCCUGUUUCAGCAUCAUUACAAGGACAUACUGCCACAGUAACUCACUUUGUCAAAGAUGAAGUUCAGAAGGGAGAAGCAGAAAUCAGCAAAGAGCUCCAAGAAGAGUAUAAACAACGAGAAUGUGAGUCUGUAUCAGUUUGUGAGGAAGAAACAAAAGUUGAGGAACAAGGUGAUAUUGAAGUACAAAUGAGUUUUGUCCAGGAAGAAUCUGAAGCCACAAAAUGUAAACUGGAGAUGAAGUUAUUAAGUGAGGCAGUUUUCGCAGCACAGUUGUUGCUGAUAGAGAAUGCUAAUGAAAAGCCAUGUUUCUGUGAAGACAAUGAGGUUGAUUUAUGCCAAUUCACAACCCUGGGUGGAGUGUACCACUUGGAUAUUUUCGAACUUCCACCACAGUGUAAACCAAUGAAAGGCUGGAUGAUUGUGGAAAUACUCAAAGAAGGACUGCAGAAAUAUAUAUAUCCUCCAGAAAGUACAGAAGACUUUGAAACAGAAAAUGCUUUCCCACCCAUAGAGGUCACGCUUGAAGUUCAGGAGAAUGUAAUCUUUUUUGAGGAUCCUAUGGUUGCAAGGUGGGAUGCUGAAGGUAAACACUGGCAGACUGAUGGCAUCAGCAAUGUCCUUUACCAAUCAGAAGAAAGACUUAUAACAUUCAGCCUAGAAACUUUUGGCCCUGUUACCUUGAUUCAAGAUACUCAUAUUAACAUGCCAUUCCAGUCAUGGGAACUCAGACCACUUGAUGUGAAUAAAGUACUUUUGACUGUGACUACGGUAUUUACUGAGAUACAAAUACAAAUUAAGGAAAACCUCUGCAUGUUAGCAUCAGUCAAAGUAGAUAACAAGAAACACUCCUCUACUUUGGAAGGAAGAUGGAUGACUCCUAUUUCUUGUAUUCUUGCUUUGAAAGAAACUGGAUUGAAUAUCUUUCCUACUGGACACUCUCAUUUUUAUGUUGCUAUAAAUCAUAAGGAACCCUUGGUAGAAAUUAAAGCUUAUCGACAACUGGCCCUGCUAAGUUCUGCUUUUGCAUUUGGUUGGAGCAAGUGGAAUGUAGAAUGUAGUUCAAAAAAAGUUAUAGUUAAGCUGAGGGAACACCUUACUGAAGAAGAACCUGUUCAGGAUCCUAACUGGACCCUUUUAAUGUUUAGUGGUGACAGAGCACAGAGGCUCAAAAUCAAUGAAAACAGUGAAACAUUCUCUGAAGCCCUUAAAGAAGAAACAGAGUUUCAUUCUACUCUGUAUCACCUGGUUAAGGAUUUUGCUUCCAAAGAAGCAAUGGAGAAAAUUAGGAGCUCCAAAUGCCAGUUUAUUGAUUCUGUAUGCUAUAUGCUACUCUCGACGAGAUUACUCAGCUACUCUUAAUCCCCAAUGGUAAAUUUUGUUCAGUAUGAAGAAUCAAGCAGUUUGGAGAAAAAAAUCAGGUUAUUCAAUAAAAUGU